AUGCUUGGAGUCAGACUGCAUCCCCAAGACCACGAAUCUAGACCUCCAACCACAAUUACCCAUCGCUGGAAGGUCAGUUCCGAUUACCGAUCCCCUGACGGAGUUCGAAAGCUCGUAUAUUUGGUCAAUGAUCAGUUCCCGGGUCCUACUAUUCAAUGUCGUUCUGGGGACAGAUUGGUCAUCCAUGUGACGAAUAAUUUGGCUUCAGAAGGGAUUUCCGUGCACUUCCAUGGAUUGGAGAUGCGUGGUGGAAAUCGGAUGGAUGGUGCUGUCGGCUUCACACAAUGUCCUAUAUCCGCAGGGUCAACUUUGACUUACGACUUUCUAGUCGGGGAGCAUCAAGCAGGCACGUUUUGGUGGCACGCUCAUUCUCAGGUGCAGAGAGGAGACGGCAUGUAUGGCGGACUUAUUGUUCAUCAGCCGCUUUCUGUGAAAGAUGAGGCUCAAACGUAUGGGUACGAAAGUGAUGUCCUUCUCAUGAUUGGAGACUGGUAUCAUCGAAGUGCUGAAGAGGUUCUCGCGUGGUAUACCAGCACCAGGGGUUUUGGAAAUGAGCCUGUACCCGACUCUUUACUUGUGAAUGGAGCUGGAAAAUUCAUCUGCUCUAUGGCUGUUCCUGCAAGGCCUGUUGAGUGUGUUGAGACUGAAGAUCAGGAUAUGCUUGGCGUUCUCGGCACUACACAUCUUGAGAAAGCUGUGAGACUCCGCUUAGUGAAUGUGGGAUCCCUCGCAGGCUUCUCCGUUCAGAUGUCCUCAGCAAAGCUCGAACCCAUAACAGUUGACGGAGGCUUUCCUAUUGUUGGAAAUCCUGCAGAUUCAGUUGGAAUAGUAUAUCCUGGUGAGCGUCUGGAUGUCCUUGUUCGCUGGGACGAGCAGGCUACCUCUCAUUUUCCACAGCUGCAUAUCUCUCUCGAUCCUGAAAACUUCAAAUAUCCAAACAUGGCACUCCGACCCAAUCAAUCCUUUCCGGUACUCACCUCUGGCUCGCCCAUCUCAUCAUCCAAGGCUCAUGAGCCUCAUCACUUCGAUCUCGCAACUGCGAUUGCUGUAUCAACUUCGCCACUACCGAACACCGUCGAUCGAACCAUAUUACUUUACACCAAGACCCAAAAGUUGUCAAUAGACAAUAAUCAUCCCACGGGCUUCAUGAAUCGAACCUCAUGGUCUCCACAAAGAUUUCCUCCUCUCCCACUCAUCUCGCUUCCUCGCUCACAGUGGGAUGACAACCAAUUAAUUCCAUACAUCCCCAUGCCUUCUGAGCGGGAGACAUGGGUAGAUAUCAUUAUCAACAAUUUAGACGAGGGAGCUCAUCCUUUCCAUCUUCAUGGUUACUCCUUCUAUGUCCUCGCUUCAUAUCGAUCAGAUCAUGGCUGGGGAAGCUACUCUCCAUAUGCUAUUGCUGGGUCUUCUGCGUUAAAGCCGAACAUGAACUUGGAGAAUCCAGUGAAGAAGGAUACAGUUAGUGUGCCUAGAAGAGGGCAUGUUGUUGUCAGGUUCAAGGCGGACAAUGAAGGAAUUUGGAUGUUGCACUGCCAUGUGUUAUUUCAUCAAGCAAGCGGGAUGGCCAUGGGAAUUCAGGUUGGUGGUAAUGAGAACCAUGAAAUGGUUGACAAUGGAGCCAGAAAUAUGUGUCAACCUUGA